AUGAAUCUAGCAAAUUAUUCCUACUUCUCUGGCAUGUGCAACAUGACCGCAGAGCAAUCACCUGCCGAGGCAAGUCCUGUUGUCAUGUCUCCAAAUGUGAGCCUGGACUCGCCGCUGCCUCCGCCGCCUUUGAUGCUACAGGCCCGGUCAAAGGAAAGCAUUUUGAUCAAGUCCGAGCCCCGAGGAAACAGUCCCAACACGGAGGACGGAGGCGCUCUGGGUCAGACUGAAGAGCACCUGCCCACGGGGAGCCGCAGGAGGAAGAGGCCCGUCCAGAGGGGGAAGCCUCCCUACAGCUACAUCGCUCUCAUCGCCAUGGCCAUUGCUAACUCCCCGGAGAGGAAGCUCACCUUAGGGGGCAUUUAUAAGUUCAUAAUGGAGCGCUUUCCUUUCUACAGGGAGAACUCGAAGAAGUGGCAGAACUCAAUCCGCCACAACCUCACGCUCAAUGACUGCUUUGUGAAGAUCCCCCGGGAGCCCGGCAGACCAGGUAAAGGCAAUUACUGGACGUUAGACCCCGCAGCUGAGGACAUGUUUGACAACGGAAGUUUUUUGAGGAGAAGGAAAAGAUUCAAGCGCACAGACGUUAGCACAUACCCCGGUUACAUGCAGAGCUCCAGCGCUUUUACGCCAACGCCAAUGGGAAGGCCUUCGUAUCCAAACGCCCUGUAUGCCGGCAUAGGGUCAGGUUACGGCUCUCAGCUGACGGCCACAUCCCCACACCCAGCCAUGCUGCAUCAUUACCAGACCUCUGCUGGAGUCAGCCAAGGACAGCCGCGCAUGUUCAGCAUCGACAACAUCAUCAGUCAGCAGACGGUUGUGCAGAGCGGCCCAGGUGGGGACCUCAACUCCCAAGCGCUGGGGCUGGGUGGAGGCGAUCUGAGCACUAUGACCUCCAGCUGCUCGGUAACCGGCACCGACCCGUCUGCUUGCUUCCAGACUCAGACUGUCAACCCGUCAGCGAACAUGCUGAGCAGAAACAGCGGGAACCUUUCAUCCAACCUGACCACCGGGUACCCAUAUUCCUCUCCGGCGUCUCCUCCAAAUCUACCCACCAUGACCCAGUCCGGAUUCUCCCCGGGCAGCUCCCAAGUGUACUGUACGAGCAACCGGCUCUCCCUACCGGCAUUGCGCCCGAGCUCCUGCGCCGAGCACUCGGAGCAGCUACUGGGCCUCUCCAGCCCCAUGAACUACAACAACACUUACAUGAGACAAGCCAACUUUGCGUCAGGAUUAGAGCGGUAUAUGUAAGAUGAAAACCAAAAACUUAAUUGAGUGCAGACAGGAAGGAUUCAAGACCUAAAUAGCCCAUUAAAGGAAAAAGCCCCAAAUUAAUCAGAAGAACAGCUUAAAAAUAAUAAGUCCAUAUUAUUCAGUCAGCAUAACAAUAAAUGAUAGAUUUAGUUCACGCUGGAAUUUCGGAAUUUAAUUUUUGGCAAGCUCAAAAGGACAUGACACAAUAAGAC